CCCGCCCCGUCCUUGAGUUUGGCCACCUGCCUGGGAAACUUGGGGUUGGUUGUCGCCCUCGGAUCGUUUCCGGGCGGGGACAGGAAUUGGGCCAUGAAAAAUACUUCGGGGACCCGUGAGCCCCGGACCCGUCCGAGAGAAAGAGACCCGGACCGGCGCCCGCACCCGGACCGAGACCGCCACGUCGAGCGGUCGCGGGACCGAGGAGGGGACAGGCACAGGGAGAGGAACGGUGACGUGAGAGGAAACGGGGACCGUCGGGCAGGCCGGGAACAGAGAACCGACCGAGACCAGCGCCAGGACAGACACAGGGACGCGGGCCAUCGCGCAUCCGAACAAAGAGCCUUGGAGAAGUCCCGCCAAAGCCGUGCGCGGCCCGAGCCCUGGGGACCCACUUGGGACGCAGCCCCGACUCCCGGACCCGCACCCUGGGGGCCCCCAGAGCUGUCGCAGAAGCAUGGACUCGGGCGCCGCGGGUUGGAGAGUGAACAACGGGCUUUGGAAAGAUACGUGCCCACGUACUCCGUGCCUGCUCUCCAGGAAGAGGAAUAUUACCAGUCGGAAGCAGAGGGGCUCCUGGAAUGCCACAAGUGCAUAUACUUGUGCACAGGGAGAGGUGUGGUGCAGAUAAUGGAGGUGAUUUUGAAUGGCAUGGUUCUCAUAUGCAUCGUGGCUUCCUAUUUCGUCCUGGCCGGAUUCAGCGCCAGCUUUGCCAGCGGCAGCGGCUUCGGGAAUAACUAUUACUCACCUUUUGAGGGCACCGAGUUGGAGCAGGUUCGGCAGCUGGACCAGCAGUACACGAUCCUGCGGUCGCCCCUGAUCUACGGCGGGGUGGCUGUCUCCCUGGGGCUGGGCGUCCUCACUAUGGGCGUUUUACUGCAGGGAGCUAAGAGUUUAAGGAAGCUGUCCGGGAGAUGGCUGCUGCUGGAGGCCGCCUUCAGCCUCCUGGCCGCGGUGGGCUACUGCGUCGCCAUUGGCUUUUACCUGUACGCGGCGUUGCGCAUCAAUUCCACCGACACUUGCAAAACCAGAGAAAGAGUCUACGCCCGCAAGGGCCUCACCUGGAUGAACUGCCAGCUGGCGGGCACCGAUGGGGCAGCAGCUACCUUCGCUUGUCUUCUAGUGAUUUUAUACACAGCCAGCGUGGUGCUGGCCCUGCGGGCCUACCGAGAACAGAGGCACUACAAAGACAGCCAGGAACAACACAGAAAUUACCGAGAUGUUCCAGAAUACCUGUGGUCCGGGACGCUCUAAGGAGAGCUGGAACCUCCUUUGUACCUCCCCUACAAGCACAACUGUGAUUUCCCAUACUUGAUUUCUAAGCUCCCUCAGGCACCCGAGCAGAGCAAAGUUGUGAAA